UAUCUAACACACACCAGCGUAGUUACCUAAAAAGAGUAACAAUGUGUGCGUGUUAACAAAAGUGCGUUGUGUGUAGUAGUGAUACUUGAGAGUGCGCAGCAUGUGAAUAUGUGCAUUGGUGUAUGUGAAUUUACGUUUGCCUAUAGUUGUAGUAGUGUUGCCAAUGAAGGUGUGUUGUGUUUGACUUUUAUGCGCCACUGGCACAUGCCUACCUGUGAGAAGUCAACCCUUUUCAUGGAACGUUGUAACUUUCGGUUCGUCGCGUUGGCCAACACAUCACCGCGGCGUCGUUGCUGCCGUUAGCAAGAAUCAAACAAACAUCGAUUAUCACCAAUCCAUUCCCAUGCAUUCGAAAUAUUUCGCCAUCUGAUUACACUAUAUCACAAAAGGCAGCUGCCCUUUUCCAAAUAUAUAAUAUGAUCACCGAAAAGAAAAGGACAAUCCUACAUAAGAAAGAACAAGUGUGUCGACAACACCAUACAAGCGACAAUGCUGCCCAAAAAGCUGUCGCUCAAUUGCUCAAAAGUACAAAAGUCAUUCGAAUACAAAAUUUUAAAUACCGUGAUAAACUGAAGCCAACUACGUUAUUAGCUAUAGCCUUCUAUUUAGUCUUAAGCAGCCUUUGCGGUAUUACAGCGCAAACUCGGGAUCCGCGCUUCUUCUCACGGCCCGGUGUCAAUGACUACAAUUGGCCGAACCCAGGCGAUCCUGACUACAGAACAUACAUAUUUAAUGAUCGUCGUUAUGGACACUACUUACCUAAUGGAUAUGGUACGAACUAUCCUGGUAGAAAUUCACCUGGACAGUAUCCGCAGGGAAUGCCCAACGAAGAUCGAUUUCGAUUUGAUCCGAAUAACCCCAACGCGGCACAUACACCCUUCCCUGGCAUUUUGGCUGGCUGGCGUGAAGAUUUGCAGGGCAAACAACGACGUGACUCACUUACAUUAGACCGCGAUGUAUUUGUUACGACCAAUUAUGGACAAGUGCAGGGCUUCAAGGUCUACAUGUAUGACAAUCCCGAUCCCAAGUCCUUCUACAGGCCAUACCACUCAACCGUCGACCGCGUUAUGGGCGAGUGCUCAGUUUUCUUGGGUAUCCCCUACGCCUUGCCACCCACCUUCGAAGGUCGCUUUAAGCCACCGCGAUUGCACCGUGGUUGGCAGUUGUUGCAAGCUGUUGAUUAUGGACCGGCAUGCCCACAACCGGUACGCUACACUGGCGCUACCAAGGGUGUUAUGGAUAUGGAUGAAGAUUGUCUUUACUUGAAUAUUUUUUCGCCAAAGACAGGAGCUGGUGUCGCACAAAAAUAUCCCGUUAUGGUGUACAUUCAUGGUGGAGAAUUCGUGCAUGGCGCCUCGAAUCACUUCCAAGGUCAUAUACUCGCCUCAUUCUAUGAUGUGGUUGUUGUGACUAUAAAUUAUAGACUUGGUGCACUGGGAUUUUUAUCCACGGCCGAUGAAAACUCGCCUGGAAACUAUGGAAUAUUAGAUCAAGUUAUGGCGCUCAAGUGGAUAUAUGACAAUGUUGAAUUCUUCAACGGCGAUCGUGAAUCGAUUACCUUGUUUGGGCCUGGUGCUGGCGCAGCGUCUGCGGGUCUUUUAAUGGUUGCACCGCAAACUAAGAAUAUUGUGAAACGAGUUAUUGCCCAAUCGGGUGCAGCUAUGUCCGACUGGGCGCUAAUUCAAGAUAAAUAUCGUGCACAGAAUACGAGUCGUGUCUUGGGCCAAUUACUAGGCUGUUCCAUUGAAUCGUCAUGGAAAUUAGUUAAUUGUCUACGGACUGGACGUAGCUUUUAUGAGUUGGGCAAUGCGGAGUUUCCACCACAAGUAGGCACCUUUGCUUGGGGUCCAGUGUUGGAUCACAAUUUCACAGUGCCCGGGGAUGAUUGGUAUGAAGGUUGGCGCGAAAAGGACUGGCGCUUCCUUACACAAACGCCUGAGAGUCUCAUACGGCAAGGUCAUUUCAAUCGUGGCAUACAAUAUAUGACUGGCGUGACGACACAAGAGGCAGCCUUUUUUGUAGCACAAAAUGAAUCGUUAGGGCCUUACUACGAAAUUGAUGGUAAAUUUUUUGAUCAGAAAAUACGCGAACAUGUCUUUCGCUACAAUUACACACUAAAUCCAAAUGGUGUUUAUGAAGCCAUCAAAUACAUGUACACCUACUGGCCAGAUCCCAACAAUAAUUCGAUAAUACGUGACCAAUACAUUAAUAUGCUUUCCGAUUUGUAUUACCGUGCUCCGGUUGACAAAAUGGUGAAAUUACUUUUGGAACAGCGUAUACCGGUCUAUAUGUACGUUCUAAACACGACUGUAGAGGCUUUAAACUAUCCACAAUGGCGAAAAUAUCCACACGAUAUAGAACACUACUUUCUUACUGGCGCACCAUUCAUGGAUACUGAAUUCUUUCCGAAGAAGGAUCAUUUGCAGCGGAACAUGUGGACCGACAACGAUCGCAACAUGAGCCAUUUCUUCAUGCAAACCUAUUCAAAUUUCGCUAGAUAUGGUAACCCUACGCCUCAACAAGUAUUAGGCUUACAUUUCCAGCGCGCCUACCAGGGAGAACUGCGUUACUUGAAUAUUAAUACGACUUUUAACUCGUCAAUAUUGCUCAAUUAUCGCCAAACCGAAUGUGCAUUUUGGACACAAUAUUUGCCAACGGUGAUUGGAGUAUUAGUACCUACUUAUCCACCCACAACGGAAUUUUGGUGGGAACCUAAAGAACCGUUGCAAAUCGCUUUUUGGUCUAUGUCAGUAGCAUGCUUUUUCCUCAUCGUCUUAGUGGUCAUCUGUUGUAUUAUGUGGCGGAAUGCCAAAAGGCGAUCUGACUUUUAUGAUGAUGAUGUUUUUAUAAAUCCUGACGGUACGGAACUGCCUGAUGACGGCCAAAGCGGUGUGGACAAUGCACACAUGGUGGCCAAUCAUCACGCGCUAAGGUCACGUGACAAUAUCUACGAAUAUCGUGAUUCACCAUCAACCAAGACGCUUGCCAGUAAAAUACAUACCGAUACAACAUCCAUUCGAUCGCCUAGCUCAUUGACUAUGACACACAAAUCGGGCAGUCAAUCGUCCUUAAAGUCGGCGAUUUCAUUAAAAGAAACGAAUGGCGGCACGUUGAGCAGCAACUUGAGCAGUACUCGUCCUACUCGCGCGGGCGCUCUAAAUAAUGGUACAGCCUCCAUUGCACAACAACCGAAUCGACAAAAUCUAGAAGAGAAACGUUUAUUAACACGUGACGUGAACACGCCUACACCAAUAUCAAGCACACCACUAAUAACAACUACAACAGCUACGAUCUCAGCCGCACCAGAGCCUGCAAGUUAUAAGCCUAAAUCAACAGCUAAUAUAGCCUCCACAAGCACAGCACACACUAGUGUGGGCACAGCGAACAGUCGCAGCACAACGCCGGUGCCCAGCGCACGUACGCACACCACAACAACCACAUUAACGACUGCACCGCAGGUGCAACGCUCAGCACAAAUCACGACAUCUGCUCAAACGCAGCCGAAGCCUCAAGCGCGAACACAAGUCAUUGAAGGUGUGCCCCAGACAUCGGUUUAAGAAACAGCUCUCUAAGUGAGGAGGUCCGUCCAAAUUCUAUUGUCGUGGCUGUUGAAAUCCUCACUUAGAGAGUGUAAAUGAAAUAGUUUGAAAUUUCUUAACUUUACCGUUAUGUGCGAAGAAUUUUUCGAGGAGUUAUGAUGUUUAUUGAGGAUAUUUACCAAUUUUAUACUAAACAUAUACAAAUUUCUAUCAAAGGCUGAAAGGUAUGUAACCUAACUGUUUUAUGCCAGCUUUUUUUGUGAAAUAUGUGUGAAAAAAAUUAUCAUCUACAUAUUUAUCAUCGAUAGGCUUAUGUAUAAUUCAAUUACGAAAUAAGAAAAAUCCUGGCACAUGACUAAAGACGUGCUUAAACAAAUGUUUUACCUUCACUACCUUACAUGUAGUUUCGAAUUAUAUAAAAUCUAAACAACGAA